AUGAUUAAGAAGGGGAGCCUGAAGCUGAGGAGCCUGAAAAUCGGGCGUAGCUCCGUGGGGAACGUGAAGGUGGAGGGGAAAUCCAUCUGCAAGGAUGAGACCAAGAGGAAGAAUGACGAGAAGCAGAAGAGGCUCAAAAUGUACAGGACAAAGGCAAACUUGAAAAAAAUGAACGCCAAGAUAAAUGAAGUCAGGAGGAUCGAACCGAACAUAAAGUGGUUUAACAACACGAGGACGAUUAGCCAGAGCAAGCUGGAGAUUUUCAGGGACAAAAUGGAGGAGGCCACGCACGACCCGUUCAGCGUGGUGAUUAAGAGGUCAAAAAUUCCGGUCGAGCUGAUCAGAGGGGUGGGGGGUAGCGGCGUCUGCGGGGUUAGCGGAGGCAACGGAAAAAAUGAACUCAUGUGCGCACCCCAGUUUGAAAAGAAAAAGCACCAGAGCGAAAGCCUACUCAGGAUGGAACACUUCCAGGACGUGUACGGAAAGAAGAAAAAAAGGAAGAGACCCAAAUUAAAUGUCAGCAGCCUGGAAGAAUUGGCAAAUGAUGCGAAAAGGAAGUUAACUAAUUAUGAGGCGGAGAAGGACAACUCGCUAAUCGAGAGUAGAAACAAAGAAGUGGAAAAAAAAUUCAGUAAGGAUCUCCUCCUCAAAAUUGGACAGUCCAAAAGAAUAUGGGCGGAGCUGUACAAAGUGAUAGACAGCUCGGAUAUCAUCUUAGAAGUUCUAGAUGCACGUGAUCCCAUAGGAACUAGAUGCAGAAGGCUAGAGGAAAAUUUAAAAAAAGACAGAGCAAAUAAGCACAUCAUUCUUAUUGUCAAUAAAGUAGACUUAGUACCAACCAGUGUGGCUCAAAAAUGGAUCAAAAUUUUAUCCAAAGAGUAUCCUACCAUUGCAUACCAUGCGAGCAUAAACAAGCCGUUUGGAAAGAAUGACCUCUUUAAUGUGAUCAGACAAUACACGCAGUUCUUUCAAGACCAGAGGAAGAAACACAUUCACAUCGGAUUGAUUGGGUACCCCAACGUUGGAAAGAGUGCUAUUAUUAACUCAUUAAAAAAAAAAGUCGUCUGCAUAUCGGCCUGCCUACCUGGUCAGACGAAAUAUUGGCAGUUCAUAAAACUUACGAGCAAAAUUUAUCUUAUUGACUGCCCUGGAAUUGUGCCCUACGAUAUUGACGAUUCGGAUAAGAUUCUCAGAUGCACCAUGAGGUUGGAGAAAAUCACCAACCCGCACUUUUACAUUGACGACGUUUUUAAGAUGGUCGAAAGGGAACACCUGCUUCGAAUCUACAAACUGCCUGCCGAUUUGCACUUCGACAACUCGGAGGAGUUCCUCGAAAUCCUGGCCAGGAAAAUGGGCAAACUGCUGAAAGGCGGCCAACCCGACAUCACCUCCGUGUCCAAGAUCAUCCUUAACGAUUGGAUUAAGGGCAAGAUCCCGUACUACGUGGACCCGGACGGGGCGCCACACGCCGCAGAGGUGUUGGCGGGACAGGCGGGUGAGAUGGAAGAAUUGGUUGCAGAUUCGAGCGACGAAGAAGAGUUGGUGGCCGAUGGGGUGAUCAACAAUGUCCAGAUCAACAAUGUCCAGAUCAACAAUGUCCAGAUCAACAAUGUGGCCACCAAGAAUGUCCCGACCGAGGAGGACUAG